UUUCUAUAAUAAAAGUGACUGAAUUUAAGUGAAAAAAUAGAAAAUCGAUAUGCACUAAUUGUGAAACGAAAGAAUAUUAACACGACAGCGCGGCACCGCCUUUUUCAUUAUUCACUUCUCGUAUCCGACAAAACUAAUAAUCAUUACAAUUUAUUGAUAACACAAGAGAAAAUGUCGAAGAAACCAGGUGCUACUCAGGCGUUGCACAAAAUCAUCAUGGUUGGGAGUGGAGGUGUUGGAAAAUCUGCUCUCACUCUACAAUUUAUGUAUGCCGAGUUUGUUGAGGAUUAUGAGCCGACAAAAGCAGAUUCUUAUAGGAAAACAGUUGUAUUAGACGGCGAAGAAGUACAAAUAGAUAUUUUGGAUACGGCAGGCCAGGAAGAUUAUGCAGCUAUUAGGGAUAACUAUUUCCGAAGUGGAGAAGGUUUUCUCUGUGUUUUUUCAAUAACAGAGGACGACAGUUUCCAAGCCACACAGGAAUUCAGGGAACAAAUACUCAGAGUGAAAAACGACGAAAACAUUCCCUUUUUGUUAGUGGGAAACAAAAGUGAUCUCCAGGAAAAAAGAAAAGUUUCAUUGGCCGAGGCUCAAGGAAGAGCACAACAAUGGGGCGUUCCUUAUGUCGAAACCAGUGCAAAAACUAAAGAAAAUGUCGACAAGGUAUUUUUCGACUUGAUGCGUGAGAUAAGAUCACGCAAAAUUGAGGACAAAUCGGCGAGUAAUGGCCGUGGAAAGGAUCGAGCGAAGAGGAAGAAAAAGAAGUGCAUUAUUUUAUAGGUAUUUUUUGACUUAAUGCGAGCAAUAGCCGCUCGCAAGGCACAUGAGAAUCAAGGUGAAGCGAGUGACGGCAAAAAUGAAACGAAAUGCUGCACUUUACUUUAACAAAUCUUUAUAUAAGGAACCACAGACUUUAUGAAAUUUUAUACACGCCUCCAAUUUGGUAAAAAGAAAAAACACAAGAAAAUUUUGUGCAUAAAAAUAAUACGUGUGACUUGUAUACCAAAAAAACAAAUUUUCUACCACUUUACAGUGAUUUGAGAAAAGUGCGAAUUUUUUCAUAUAUAAAUUAUACACACCCGGUGAAAGUAAAAAAGAAUCAGUAACCAAAUGUUAAAAAA